GUUUUCACACCACCACUACGUACAUGAUGCAUCAGGUGUGAGCAAAACAUGGUACAGACAGCGCCUCUACGCAGAGCGCCCACCUUGACGAGCAGCCUCCUCAGCAAAUGGAUCCCAUACGACCCGCUGAUGAUGAGAAGCAGAAUUUUGCACCUUUAGUGACGACUUCACCGCCAAUGAUUCAUUCGCUUUUGUGCCCUCCUUACAUGAAUCGCAGAUCGAACUCUGGGCCUCCCCAACUACCAGGACCUCACGUACAGGAAAGUACUUCGAAUAAUUCACCUGAAAGUACCUCAGCUGCCGAGGCGCACAAGGUCGUAGUGCAAGAGGACCAACCAAGUACAAGUGAAUUAGUGGAUGUCAUGAGGCAAGUGUUGGAUGUUCUCAAGGACUCGACGAUUGCCUCGAAGACUGGCAAGGACGACCGCUCUCGUUUUUGGGGACAAUACAAGAGAGUCGCCGAGGAAUACGAUGACGAGUUCCUUGAGCGAUAUAAUGGCGACAUGGACAUUGUGCUAAUCUUCUCUGGUCUGUUCUCUGCCGUCAGCACGACUUUUAUUGUGGCCAUGGAGUCGAAACUCAGUCCAGACCCCGGACGACACCACGAAUGCCCUUCUCACACAGCUCGUCCAAAUCGGACUGGGCAACUUCACGGCAGCGGGGGUCUACGGCAGCAUCGCCAGCAUCUGGCUGGUCGCCGUCCACACUCAAUAUAAGGAUCCAAUCCAUUGCCUACGCAAGCUUAUCCUUCAGUUUACUCGCUGCUUUCGGGGCCGUGCUAGGCAAGCAGUGGCUCGGGUAUUACAAGUCGCACAGAUACGGCCGUGGCUCGCAGGAGGAACGAAUGAAGCGCAGACAAGAGAAGUUCGACGACAUUGUCAUGUGGUAUUUUGAUGCUGUCGUGCAAUCAUUCCCGAUCCUACUUCAGUUCUCUCUUUUUCUCUUUGGAAUUGCCCUCGGCGCCAAUAUGUGGUCCCAAC